CAUCCCGCCUUUGCAGGGGCAGACGAGAAGCGUUUCCGGCGCCGCGGCUGUGACGUGUGCGGUCGGCGCCGGGCUGUCCGGCGGGCGGGCGGUGGGAGAUGGCGGAGUAUCUGGCCUCCAUCUUCGGAACAGAGAAGGACAAAGUCAACUGUUCGUUUUAUUUCAAAAUCGGAGCUUGCCGUCAUGGAGACAGAUGUUCUCGGUUGCACAACAAACCAACAUUUAGCCAGGAAGCGAUGCUGUUGUAAGCUUGCCUGUAGUAGAGACCAACCAGUGCUAACUUUCAGACAACUUGAUUUUAAGAAGAACGGUACAAAUACCAUCUUGAUUCAAAACAUCUAUCGUAACCCCCAAAACAGUGCACAGACGGCUGACGGCUCACACUGUGCUGUGAGCGAUGUUGAGAUGCAGGAGCAUUAUGAUGAAUUCUUUGAGGAGGUCUUCACAGAAAUGGAAGAAAAAUACGGUGAAGUUGAGGAGAUGAAUGUUUGUGAUAACCUUGGAGAUCAUCUAGUUGGAAAUGUAUACGUAAAGUUUCGCCGUGAAGAAGAUGCAGAAAAGGCUGUGAUUGACCUGAACAAUCGCUGGUUUAAUGGACAGCCUAUUCAUGCUGAGCUUUCACCUGUGACCGAUUUCAGAGAGGCCUGUUGCCGUCAAUACGAAAUGGGAGAGUGUACACGAGGAGGUUUCUGCAACUUCAUGCAUUUGAAGCCCAUUUCUCGAGAGUUAAGACGUGAGUUGUACGGGCGUCGUCGUAAAAAGCAUAGAUCCAGGUCGAGGUCCCGUGAACGUCGGUCUAGAUCCAGAGAUCGUGGUCGUGGAGGUGGUGGAGGAGGAGGAGGAGGACGUGAACGUGAUAGGAGGCGAUCAAGAGAUCGUGAAAGAUCCGGUCGAUUCUGAGCCAUGCCAUUUUUACUGUAUGUCUGCUAGAAAGUGUUGUAGUUUGACCAAACAAGUUCAUAAUGAGAUUUUUUUUAAAGAUGGGCUUCUGAAUAAAAAUUUGUAGUGAUACAGUAUUCUUUGUGUAACUUGUUUCUUGUUGGGGUGGGGGGGGAGUCUUUUUAACUGUCAUUCCUCUAUCUUGACAAAUACCUGGAUUAAUACUAUGCCUGAGGGAAAGGUGGUAAAUGUAUUGGAGGAGGGCCAGUUUGGGGUUUUUUUUAUUUUUAUUUUUUAUUUGGACAUGAUUUGAACUGUUGAUGAAAAUGUGUGUGUAUAUAAUAUGAAAUAUUAUAUACAUAGUAAAAAAAAAAUAAUAUACUGCUUAAGAAACAGUUACUCAAAUAAGUUUCCCUUUUCUGCUAUGCUGUCUGCUUAUUUAGGUUAGUUUAGGCACAUUUAAAAGGAAGGCUGUGCGAAGUGCAUUUAUUUACAAGUAGAAACGCUUAGUUACAAAAUGUAUGUUUGUUUGUUACCAGAAGUCUGUGCUCUGUCUAUCAAUGUGACUGUGGCAUUUACAAUAAAUUCCAGUUUCUUGGUGUAAAA